CGUCGUGCAUCCACCCGCGCCGCCGCCGUGAUCGUCAACCCUGAUUUGACGAACGAUGUCUUUGAUGCUCCGAAUGCUACGCGAGCUUCUCCUGAUAGUGAUGUUAAUGGUGAUAUUGCGCCUGAUCUGAUGAAGCAAGAGGCGAAUGGGGCAUCGGAGAGUCCGUUGAGCGAGGCGCCGGAGACGGUUGUGGAGCCGGUGAAGCGAGCGAAGGGUGAAAAGAAGGCGGCUGCCGCUGCCAAUGGCGCACCAAAAUCAAGAAACGAUGAAGACGGAUACGACCCCGAAGCUGAAGGCGAGGAAGAGGUUGGCGAGGAAGAAGUCAAAGCGGCCCUAUCCAGACCACCGCCCGUCAACAGCGACUACCUCCCUCUCCCAUGGAGAGGCAGACUAGGCUACGCCUGUCUCAACACCUAUCUCCGCAACUCCAACCCUCCCGUCUUCAGCUCGCGCACCUGUCGCAUCCAAUCCAUCCUCGACCACCGCCAUCCCCUCCGCGAUCCCUCGCAGCCCGAGCACGCCACCAAGAACCGACCCGACAAAGACCAGCCGGCCGAUAUCGAGCGGGGAAGGCGAUACGUGGAGGCGCUGUGCCUGGCGAACGUCAAGGAUAUCAUCAAAAUGGUGCGCUGGAACGACAAGUAUGGUAUCAAGUUUAUGCGGCUGAGCAGCGAGAUGUUCCCAUUUGCGUCGCACGAGGAAUACGGGUAUAAACUAGCGCCGUUUGCGUCGGAGGCGCUGGCGGAGGCCGGCAGGGUGGUUGCGGAGCUUGGUCACAGAGUUACUACGCAUCCCGGCCAAUUCACGCAGCUGGGAAGUCCAAGGAAGAGCGUCAUCGACAACUCCAUACGUGAUCUGGACUAUCAUGCCGAACUGCUGAGCCUGCUCAAGCUCCCCGAGCAAUCUGAUCGAGACGCCAUUAUGAUUCUACACAUGGGCGGCAUCUUCGAAGGCAAGCAAGAGACCCUCCAACGCUUCCGGGAAAACUACAAAGGCCUCCCGCAAUUCGUCAAAAACCGCCUAGUACUCGAGAACGACGACAUGGGUUGGAGCGUGCACGAUUUGCUCCCCAUCUGCGAAGAGUUGAACAUUCCCCUCUGCCUCGACUUCCACCACAACAACAUCGUCUUCGACUCGUCGCAGAUACGCGAAGGCACGCAGGACAUUAUUGCCCUCUACCCGCGCAUCAAAGCGACGUGGGAUCGCAAGCGCAUCAGGCAGAAGAUGCACUACUCCGAGCCCACGCCCGCCGCCAUCACGGCGCAACAAAGACGCAAGCACAACCCGCGCGUGGCAACGCUGCCACCUUGUCCGCCGGAUAUGGAUCUCAUGAUUGAGGCGAAGGACAAGGAGCAGGCGGUGUUUGAGCUGAUGCGCACCUUCAAGUUGCCCGGGUUUGACCGUAUUAAUGACGUGGUGCCGUACACGCGCCAUGACGAUAACAAAGUUGCGCUCGCGCUUGUGGCGAAGAAGAAUACCAAGGCGGCAAAGAAGAAGCGGGAAAGCGCUGCCGAUGAGGGAGAAGAAUCCCCUGAGCCGGAGAUGGUGGACGAUAAUGAGGUUGGCAUGGGCGGGCCAGAGGGCAGGGUGUACUGGCCUCCGGGUAUGGAAGAGUGGUUGCGCCCGAAAAAGAGAGAGGUGAAGGCCAAGAAGGAGACGGUGGCGGAGAAGUCGCCCGCGCAGGUCAAAAAGGAGGCCGCGGAUGCGUAUGCCAAAUUCGAAGCUAACAAGGCGGCUGCCAAAGCC